AUGGCUACCACCACAACGACAACAGCAAAUGCCACCGUCCUUACCGCAACCCAGACGGAAGGUCGAAUGCACCUUGAUGGACGACCGACCAACUACGGUGACUUCCGUGACGAGCUCAACGAGAACGGUUACGUUGUCAUAGAAGGCGCCAUCCCUCGCGAACGUGCUGACAAAUAUGCCGAUGAAUUCCUGAGCUACAUGGAAAACUUUGGACUCGGCUUCGACAGGAAUGACCCCUCCACUGUGAAGCGGGCCAAUCUUCCCGUCCUCAACGAAAAGGGAAUGAUCCUUUCCUACGGUGUCACCCACGAGAAGUGGGUGUGGGACAUUCGCGGAGAGCCUGGCGUCAUAGAAGCCUUCGAGAAAGUGUACGACGACAAAGACUUGAUCGUGUCAUUCGACGUCGUCAAUGUUGGGUUCGCAAACCGCAAAGAUCUUCCAGAGAACAAGCCCUGGCCUCACCAAGACCAGGAUCCGACUAAGCCUGGCUUCCGCUGCCUUCAGGGUUUGGUCAACCUGAACCCUUGCGGACCAAAUGAUGGAGGUCUCAUCGUAUGCAAAGGUGGCCAUAAGAUCUCUGAGCAGUUCCACCGUGAAAUGGCGGACGAGCCCAAGAUCCCUGCAUGGACUCCGGAGUGGUUUGGCUUUACUGACAAUGGUAUGAAAUGGCUCAAGGACCACGGUCUUGAGUGGGAAAAAGUCUGCGUUCAGCCCGGUGACCUCAUCUUGUGGGACAGCCGGGUCCCUCAUUACAAUGUCCCACCCACAUCGAAGCAGGAUCGCUUGGCCGUGUACACAUGCUUCAUGCCUGUGUCUGAAGCCAGCCAAGAAGAUUUGAUCAGAAAGAAGGAGGCGUUCGAGAAACGUCUGGGUACUACUCACUGGCCCAACGCUCGACACGUUGCUCCCACAAAUGUGGCGUUGCGUGACGGCAAGCUAUGUCCCCUCUCCCGGGAUCGACCAUUCCAAGAACCUGUCCUUAAUGAGCGUACCUUCCGAUUGACCGGCAUCCCAUACAUCAAGCAGGCAGCUUGA